AUGGUUGAAGCAAUGCAUGAGAUAAAAUAUACUGCUAAAAUCAAAGGCUACAGCUUCACCAUUAUACGUUGGAUACAAACCAAAAAACAGGAAUCAAAGUCAUAUGCACAAGUUAACAAGAAUCUAUCUCACAAUACUCAACAACAGGCUGGGCAAUAUAAAAGUUUAUUCAAUUAUAGUGUAGUGAGGGCAGAAUUUACACUUAUAGGAUCAUUUACUUGA